AUGGAUGAGCUCAUCGUGGUGGAGCGGCGACCCCAUGGAUCCGCGGUGGCCGUCGUCACCAUCAACCGCCCGGGCGCGCUCAACUCGCUCACGCGCCCCAUGAUGGUUGCGCUCGCAGGCGCGUUUCGCCGCCUCGACGCCGACGACACCGUGGCCGCCGUGGUCCUCGCCGGGCGCGGCCGCGCCUUCUACUCCGGCGUCGACCUUACCGCCGCCGAGGACGUCUUCAAGGGCGACAUCAAGGACCCCGCCGCCGACCCCGUCGCCGCCAUGGUCGCGUGCCGCAAGCCCAUCGUCGGCGCCAUCGCCGGAUUCACCGUCACCGCCGGGUUCGAGAUCGCCCUCGCCUGCGACCUGCUCAUCGCCGGCCGCGACGCCGAGUUCGCCGACCCCUACGCUGCCGAGGCCGCCGCUCCUCACCGACCUUAG